UAAAACCCAGUUCACAUUUCAACUAAUCAGGCCACAAAAUUUCCAACAACAUUUGAAUAUUAGCUCACUUGUCCUUAAUUUUCUCCCUCUUGAUUCAUCAUCGUUUGGCAAGGUUUUGGUUGAGAAGCUCUGAUAAUAAUACGGAGGUUUCAAUGUUCACCGGCUUCACUGAUAUGGGAAUAAUGAAUAAUGAUCUUAGCUUCAUUCACCAUGAACUACAAGUCAACUCAUUUGAAGACCUAUUCAGCCCAUCACCACCACUACCGUACCAUGGUAGUUUUGAUCAGGCGGCUGAGAUGAAUUAUGAAGCUCAAAUUGGGUGCAAGAGAUCUGCACUACAGACUGAUCUGCAUCAUCACAAUCCCGUACUUGUCGAAAACCCCAAGAAACAGCUCAAGACAAACAACUGGAACUCUUAUCAACAGAUGAAUAAUCACGUAUUGAAUUCACAAGAAUACCAUGACUCUAAUUCCACCAUGUUAUCCUUCUCCAAUUCAUCCAACAGCUCUACCCAAACUUCAACCCUUAUUACCCCAAAACAAGAAACGGUUGUUAAUCAAGCUGUUUCAGUUGCUAAACAAAGUUGCAUUAUUGAGUCCCGCCCUCAAUUAGCUGCUAAGAAAAGUGCCAGCAUACCGCCUCAGCAAUCAUCUAUGGAUCAUAUUUUAGCUGAGAGGAAACGCCGGGAAAAGCUCAGCCAAAGGUUUAUUGCAUUAUCAGCCAUUAUUCCUGGUCUAAAGAAGAUGGACAAGGCUUCAGUACUCGGAGACGCAAUUAAGUACGUUAAACAAAUGCAAGAGAAAGUGAAGAAACUCGAGGAGGAUGCUAAAAAGAAGACAGUAGAAUCAGCAGUUUUAGUGAAAAGAUGUUAUGUUCCUGCAGAGGAUAAUCAUCAUUUUUCAACGGCUGAUGAUCCAUUCCCUGAAAUGGAAGUCAGAUUCUCUGAUAAAGAUGUUCUUAUAAGCAUUCACUGUGAAAAGAAGAAAGGACUUAUUGAAAAAGUGAUUUCUCAGAUUGAGGAACUCCAUUUAAAUGUAAUCAGUAGCAGUUCAUUAGCGUUCGGAGGCUCGGCACUUGCUGUAACAAUCACAGCUCAGAUGGGUUCUGAAUUCAGUACGACAGCAGAAAAUCUUGUCAGACAUUUACACACGACUCUCAGACAAUGUUGAUAUGAACAAAUUAGCUAGUGUGGAUUUAAUCUUCAAUCAUACAUGCAGUAUCAUAGUUUGAUUAGUUUCAAAGUCACAACCCAGUAGGCCUGGCCACCCUGCUCGUGCUCGUGCUCGUGCUCGUUGCUUCGUCGUUGGACAGUCCACCACCUCUCUGAUCAGCCCUAGCUUUUACACCUAGCUACAGCUUGUUUGCUCUUUGUGUUCAUUUUGCAGGAGGGUUUUUUCCAGACAGUUUUUUUUGCAUGGUUUUUCCUAGAUCGAUCACCAUGUUUCAAGUUAAUUACCCACCUGUUUCAAAUGACCUAGAGCUUUAUUUUAGCAUUUUUUUAAGGUGAUUCAUGUACCCUAUACAGUAUACACAUGUCCUUUGUUUUUUACCCUUAUUUUAGGGGAUUCGUCAUGUAUUAUAACUAUUGCAAUAGUAAUUAAGAAUCUUCAUCUCAAAA